AUGGCAGACUCGGGGCACUCUCCAACCGAUAUCAUCACAUCCCAAAAGGCCGUGCUUGGUGUCUUACCCAUCCUUUACAACACCAUCGCGACGCUGGUGGCUUUAUCACGCAUCAGGCGCAUGCUGCGACACAGCAAGCUGACGGCCCUCACUCGCAGCGAUGUUGUCAACCGCGUGAUCGAGGUCGAGCUGCCGCGCUAUGCCGUGCGCCCCAUGGACCGCCUUGCCGACCGCGACGAGUACUGGACACUCUCGCGGCACCCCUCGAGCAUCCCCGGCGGCAGCUGGACCACCUUCAACUGGCGGAUGAACGUUAUCGGGCUCAACACGCAGCGUGUCGAGUACGCUGACCAACUGAGACAGCCCCAGGUCGAGGUGGCCCUUGAUGAACUUGUCUCUUACUUGCUAGAUCUCGGCGCCCAGCCAGAUCCUAACGGAUGGCGCCUCCUGCGGUCGUCGGGCCUGUGGACGCCCGUGGGGUGCACUCUGAUGCGCGCCCCGGAUGGGCUGAACAGCGCCUUGACCAUCGCACCACUCGAUGGCUCGGACGGACACCUUAGCCUAGCCGUCACCUGGACAGGGCCAUGGACGACGCGCGACCACUCCCACCUCCCACCAUACUGGGUGCGUCUCUACCCGCCACCGCCCCCGCGACCGGCAGCAGUCGAGGAGGACCCUUCGACAACAGAACCAGAAGACGGAGCCUCUUCUAAAUCCGCGACUGAACGAAGAGAUUCCAACGAACCACUCCAGAAAGCGACAUCCACCACCACCAGCCUGCGCAAACCCUCCCUCAACUCCGCCCAGCAAGAAGGGGCCUCCAACGCCCGCCAACCCAUCACCUGCCAAAUCUCCUCGGACGGCAUCGUCACGGCGCUCUCCCGCCCCGACAACAACAACCCCCUCCCCCAGGAACACGACCACGACCAAACCCUACACAUCGAGCACCUCCGCAUCCGCAGCACCACCACCACCGGCACGUGGUUCGCCAGCGCGGCGACCGCCUACGGCACCUCGAGCCAGACGAUCCUGUGGAACUACAAGAUUCCGGACGGGGUGCUAGGGUUCGCGCGGCGCGAGACGGUGCCCUGCGGCGUGCUGGUGCUGCUGGGCGUCGUCGACGAGUCCGCCACGCCCGAGUGGGCGUCGGCGUCGGCGGCCACGCUGGCGGACGAUCGUGCCAGGCAGUUGGACGAGUUUAGUCGGAGGGCGAGGGCCCAGAGGGAGGCGGUAAUGGCGGAGGCCAGGAUGAGCCCGGCGGAGAGGGCGGUUGCGCAGAGGGAGAGGGGGAUUAAAGAGGCGGAGGGGCGGUUGUGGGAUAUGCGUGAGAGGCAGAGGGUUGAGGCGCAGCGGCGGGAGGCGCGCUUGAUAGAGGCGCUGCAGAGCCCCAAGUGGGAUGCGAAGCUUGUAGCCGAGCAUAGCUUGGCGUGGUUGGUGAAGAACGGGGAGGUGGAUGAGCGGGUGGAAGGGGUGAAGGAGGCCGUUGGGGGCGUGCUGCACCGGAUGGUCCUAGAUGGGCAGUUUGCGACGAAGCUCUGCCAGAUGUUGGACCUGUGGAAGGCUUGGGCGGAGAACGCGGGCAUGCGGAGGUCCGAUCUAGAGGCGUUACAGGGUGACCAAAUCACCUUUGCGUAUGCCACGCUGCUGGUGGCUAUCAUCAAGGAUACAUCGACGGCCCUCGAGGGAACCGUGGCGAUGGACCUCCAGGAGUGUCUGCGGAUGUGGAGGACGGUUAGGCUGGGGUAA